AUGGCUGCCAGUUUCGCAAUCGAAGCUGGGACCAACAAAUUCAUGGGGAGGGUAUUGAUUCGCCAGACUUUUCCGCGCAGAAACGAGCUCGAAAAUCAACAAGGGCUGAAGACGGUGAUUCCGAUCCGCAAGUGCCAGUCCAUGGUAUACUGGUUCGCCGAGAGUCGGAAGAGGUACUAA